AGCCGUUUCGCCUCAGAGAUGUUCAGCUGCCGGCGCCGCUCGCCAUGCAGCACGCCCACUACGUCUCCGUGAUCGGCGCGUACAGCCGCUGGAAGUUGUGGCAGCGGGCGGUCUCCGUGCUGGCCGAGAUGGAGCAGGCGGACGUGAGGCCCGACCUGCGCACGUUCACCGCCCUGAUGGGCGCGUGCGCGCGCGGCCGCCGCUGGGCGGGCUCGCUGCAGCUGCUGGGCGCCGUGGAGGGGCGGGGCCUGCGCGCGGACGCCGUCACCUGGCAGGUGCUGGCGAAGGCGGCGGCGGCCGGGCGCAGCUGGGCCCACGCGGUUGGGCUGAUGGCGCGCAUGCGGCAGCAGGACCUCGAGCCCGGCGUGGCCGUCGUCAAGGGCGCCGUUGUGGCCUGCAUCGGCCAGGGGCAGUGGCCGCGCGCCUGCCGGCUGCUGGAGGAGCUGCCCGGGUGCGGUGGCGCUGGGGUGCUCGGCGAGGCAGCCUGCGCGUUGGGACGCGGUAGCUACGUCGACCAGGCCAGGGUCCUGCUGCUGGACGUGAGGGCGAGGGGGCUGCAGCUAG